AGCGCCGGAAGUGGCCGUGGCCGCAUGGUGGUGGCGGCGGCGGCGGCGGCGGCAAGAUGGGGCGGCCGAGCAAAAGCAAGAACCAGAAGACGGAGCGGGCGGCGGCGCUGCACCAGGCCCAGCAGGAAUACAGCGCCGUCCCCCACUCCUUCGUCUUCAACCGCGGCCGCGUCGGCAAGAAUGUGCGGCAGCUGAUCGCCGACGUCAGGAAGGUGAUGGAGCCCUACACCGCCAGAGCCCUCAAGGUGCGGAAAAACAACUCCCUGAAGGAUUUUGUCGCCGUGGCCGGGCCCCUGGGGGUGACGCAUUUCUUGGUCUUCAGCAAAUCAUCCUCCAGCAUCAAUUUUAAGCUUUUCCGGCUGCCCGGUGGCCCGACGCUGACGUUCAAGGUGACGCAGUACUCGCUGAUCAAGGACGUGGUGUCGUCCCUCAAGCGGCACCGCAUGCACGAGCAGCAGUUUACCCACCACCCGCUGCUGGUCCUCAGCAAUUUCGGUCUCCAGCAGAUCCAGGUCAAGCUGAUGGCCAGCAUGUUCCAAAACAUGUUCCCUUCCAUCAACGUCCACAGGGUCAACCUCAACAACAUCAAGAGGUGUUUGCUCAUCAGCUACGACGCAGAGACGCAGCUCCUCGAUUUCAGGCAUUACAGCCUGAAGGUCGUGCCUGUGGGCAUGAACAAAGCCGUGAAGAAGCUGCUGCAGGAGAAGUUCCCCAACAUGAGCCGCCUGGAAGACAUCAGCGAGCUACUGGUGAAGGACAUAAACCUGUCGGAGAGCGAGGCCGAGCAAGACGGGACCCACAACGUCCUAGAGCUGCCGCAGGCGUACGCCGGCCGAGGCAACAUGAAAGCGCAGCAGAGCGCCGUGCGCCUCACCGAGAUCGGCCCCCGCAUGACUCUGCAGCUCAUCAAGGUGGAGGAGGGCCUGGCGCAGGGCAACGUCCUCUACCACGGCUUCAUCCACAAAACGGAGGCGGAGGUGAAGGAGAUCCUGGCGCGGAAGGAGGCGAAGCUGCAGCUGAAGGCGGAGCGGCGGCAGAAGCAGGAGGCGGAUGUGGAACGCAAGCGGCGGCAGCGGGAGGCUCACAGGGAGAAGAGCCUGGUGGGGAUUCGGAGGAAACGGCAGCAGGACGGUGACAGUGACGCCGAGGAUCCCGGGGCGCCGGAGCAGCAGGAUGCGGGCGACCAGUCGGAGGAGAGCGAUGCCGAGUAUUACCGGCAGGAGGUGGGCGAGGAGCCGGACAAAGAUCUGUUCCCCGACCGCACCAAGAGGAAGCGAAGCUCCUCGGGCCCUGCCCCGCUACGGAAGCGACGACGGCAAAGCCAAGCAGAGCAUCCCGCCGCCCCCAACCCUCGCCCCACAGCACCGGGGAAGCAGCGGAAGGGAGAAGCGGCACCGCGGGAUUCGCGGCACCGCGGCAAGGCCAAGCACGGGGCGGGCGGCCGAAAGCUACACCGAGGAACUGAGCACCCAGGCCGGCAAGGGGCCCAUCCCAGCUCCGGUCGUGCCCCCUCUAGGCCGAAGGGGCAAGGAGGGAAGCUGCUGACAAAGGGGAAGAUGAUUUUCCGGCGGCCCGGACGUGCCAAGAAGGGAAAACGCUGAGGCACCAGCUGCCAGCCACGCGCCAAGACUGUGGGGGGGAAGAGGAAAUGGCCCCCCCUCCGCCCCCUGCCCCGUUCCUGUGUAAUACACUGCUUGGAACCACC